UCCGGAAGUAUUGAGCUUUUUCCACGCUGUGAGUUUGGGCUACACGUUUUACUAAAAAUGUGACUUUGACCGUCAUUAAAAUGUACACAACACUUUUCAAGAGAUGUCAUUUGUUGACGGGGAAACAUUUUACAUGGCUGACAGUUAAUAAAUGACUGUUAACGGACAUUUUCAUUCACGUGCAGCCCUCGUGGGUCACUGCCCAUCGUCACAGACUGUCUUUUCGGUUUACCUUCGUUGUUUUCAGACAUUUAUUACAUCCGAUAAUCGAGGUCAGACGUCGGAUAACGGUUGUGUCGUUGCACACAUAAGUAACGUUAGCGGACUCUCCGGGUAAAGGUACGGGGACUCAGAGGUGAACAUGAACCCACCAAAGCGACUCCGCACCACAGAAGAUGAAGCAGACACCCCGACAGGAGGGCAGCAGGAGGAGGAGGAGAGGAGAGCAGUGGAUGUGAGUAUUGUCAUGCCAAUGUACAAUGCAUCCUGUUGGCUGGAUGAAUGUCUGCAGGCCAUAUUACACCAAGACUUCACUGGAACCAUGGAGCUCUCUGUCUUUGACGAUGCAAGCACCGAUGAGUCCAGGAAAGUGUUGGAGGGCUGGAGGGAGAGGCUGGAGGCGAGGGGCAUCACAGUCACGAUCUCUGGCCACGACUCUGCAAAACCCAGAGGAGUGGGAUAUGCAAAGAACAAGGCAAUAUCUCAGAGUUGUGGACAAUACUUGUGCUUUCAGGACGCGGAUGAUGUUAUGUUUCCCCAAAGAGUUUGUCUGCAGUACGAGGCGUCUCUCCUCCACCCAAACUCUCUGAUUGGCUGUAAAGUCCAGAGGGUUCCCGAGGGAUCUACUGAGCGUUACACUCGCUGGAUCAACACAAUCACUGAAGAUCAGCUCAUCACACAGGUGUACACGUCUCAUGGGCCCACAGUCGUCAUGCCAACAUGGUUCUGCUCAAGGAGCUGGUACCUGAAGGUUGGACCGUUCGAUGAAGGAGGCAAGGGAGUCCCAGAGGACUUGCUCUUCUUCUACCAGAGUCUUCGUCAGGGAGGGGGCGUGGCCAGGGUCGACCAGUGCCUGCUAGUGUACCGUUACCACGAGAAGGCCGCCACUCACUCUGUAACAGAGGAAACCAUUUGGAAGCUGCGAGUAGAUUUCCUGCAGGAGAGAGUUCUCAGCCAAUGGGAGAGCUUCACCAUAUGGAACGCCGGGAAACAGGGCCGGAAGCUGUACCGAAGCCUGAGUCCGGCUAAUCAGGAGAAGGUGAAGGCUUUCUGUGAUGUCGACGAGAACAAGAUCCAGAAAGGCUUUUACACGUACGAGGAGUCCAAGAAAAGACCUAAGCCGAAAAUCCCAGUGCUGCACUACAAAGCCGCCUCCGCCCCCUUCAUUAUCUGUGUCAAACUGGACAUGACAGGAGGCGUCCUGGAGGAAAACCUCAACUCUUUGCAGCUGAAGGAAGGAAGAGAUUACUACCAUUUUAACUGACUGCUCAGAGGGAUGGAGACAACAGGAGGAGCCGUGCAGCUUUAACAGGCUCAGAGGAAUGCACACAAACUGAGGGACAUGCAGGUGAUAACAGGACUAAAGGGGACUGGACACUGGGACAGAGUCGGGCUGCAUCCACACGACUACGAUUUUGUCAUAAAACACAUAACUGUUGCUACUCUGGUGUUUUGGUGCCCCAAAAACUUAGACCUUUGAAAACACUGCUGAGUCAGUUUUAGUUUAAAACCCCAGGGUUGAGUUUUAGUUUUGGAAACAAUGACACAUACAUUUACGUUUGCUUCCCAGUUGGGUCGUUUCAGUCACAGCUUGUGAAGUCAAAACAUGACAGCCAGGUCUACAUGCCUUUUGUGAUUUUAUCCUUUCUGUGUGGGUACUCCUUUCCCAUUGCUGUGGCUUCCUCCAGUAAUGGAUAUGGCUCCCAGCACUGUUCUAAUAUCUCGAUGUAUUUACUUUGCCACGACUCCCAAUCAGUGAUUUCCACUGCCUUGACUACCUUAUACUCAUAUGUUAAUUUAAGUAACAGUUCAACCUCUUUGUCAGCCCAAGCCAAGAAAUCUCUAGCCUUACCUUUUGCCACCUCUGUAGAAUUUUCUCAAACUAAGCAAUCAACCACAAAGUAGACUGUAGGCAGGUUAUGUUAUCUUCAGACUGGGACUAAUUUAUAUUCCUCUGCUUUCAGUCUUCAUGCUAAGCUAAGCGAACCAGAUCCUGGCUGUAGCUCCAUAUUUAACUGUCAGGUAUGAGAGUGGUAUUGAUCAUCUUGUCUAAUUACAAGACAAGGACAAGGACAAUAGAAUGACUAACAUGCAUGUUCCCCAAAAUGUCGACCCAUGCAUUUUAAAAGCUGGAACGUGGGUGUUUAGGCUCAUAGAAGUAACUAUAACUUGACCUAGAGUGGAAAGAUAUGAUAAGAAACAAAAUGGAGGAAUGAUUUGGUAAUAGAAAGAGAAAGAAGACAGUAUUAGGCCUUUAUGUUUCACCCUUCGGAGGAUGUGUAAGAAGACAUGACUGAUGAUGUUUACCAUUGAAAGAAUAAAUUAUUAUUGUGUUUUCUAAUCUUGUGUGGACUGAGAUUGGGUUUGCCAACCUGUGCACUUGGAGUUGUGUUGAAGUUAAAGGAAGUGAUCAGCCUCAGGACGUCAUUGCAGAAGGUUUCACUUAUAAAGGGUGGGAUGCUUUAUGACCAAAAUCACUGAUUUCUCAACAACCUUCUCUGGUGCAACUGUGCAAAAUCACACAGCUGCUACAAAUGUACAAACAUGGACACUGCACGAAUUUGUUUUUCUUUCUCUUGGUCUCUUAUGAAAUCUAAAGAACAAUAACCUCUUUAAGAGAGCUACAGUUAUAAUACAUAAACACACACAAAAAGUUUAUUUUACCUCACAGAGUGUGGAGUUUUUCUGCCCAAAGGUAAACAGACCUUUCCCCACAAAAUCUCCCCCGGUGUUUCCUGGGUCGGCGACGUGGUCUGCCUUACUGUAAAUCUGUCCGCAGCAGUUUGUAGGGAGGCAGCAGAGGCGGUAAAACAACUGGAGAGGUCCUGAACUCUGCCGAAGCUUUAUUUUAACCACCUUUGUUUGUUAUCACUGACAGUUGCACGGUGGUGCGAAUGCACAGACUCACUGUGCCAGAUUAGAAGUUAGGCUUGAAUUCAUUUUUUGAUAAAUUGCAGGACUGUUUGAGCCUGAUUCAGUGUGGGGUUUGAGGUGGAAAUCCCAGGCUCCUGCCACCCACAGUACACUGCUGUGUAGGGGCUGAGAAAAAUAUCACAUCCACUUAGCACCCAGUCACCAACUGGACCCCUCUUCCUCCUGUGCUCCUGCACACAAACACUGUCACUAGACGGUGUCUUCCUCAGUUCCUCAGUGAUGUGAAUCUAAUAGGGCGGCAACUAAUGAUUAUUUUCAGUAAGAAUUAAUUCAGAUGUUUAAUUUGUUUACAUGUUUUGUCAAUAAAAAAGCAGACAGUAACAUAAAAUGCUCAUUACAUUCUUAAUCCCAAGAUGACACAUUCAGAUCGCUUGUUUUGUUUUACCAACAGUCUAAAACCCAAAGAUAUUCAGUUAACUGUCACUUACAGCAAAGAAAGCAGCAAAUUAAGCUCGAAACCAGGAAAUAAUCUGCAGUUUUUUCUUAAAAAAUGACUUAAAUGACAAAAACCAUGUUGAUUAAUUUUCUGUCAAUGAAUCUACUACAUGUUUGUCUACAUUUGCAGGAUUUCAACUUUUUUGGACACACAUCUGUUUUAAUCUAUAACUUUUUGUUUGUUUUGCUGUUUCACUUUUUAUCCAUGCUGGCAGGCGCGAGAUGGCAGCUACAUAGUAUGGCAGUAGGAGCCCGGUCUCUGUCGAAAUCCGACGCUUGGGAAGUGACUUGCAGCGUAAGAAACCAAUGACAAAAGGCUUCCGUAAACGUUGGCAUGAUGCACGGCCGGUUGCUGUUAUAGUUUAACAGCGCCCGGCGGCGUCAGGGGGACGCAACAAACACCGACUUUCACCCAAGAGAGCGGUGUUCACGUCCCGUAAGAUUCUAAAGCCAAACCCUGUUCUUUUUUCCUGAAUCUAACCAUGCUUUUGUUGCCUAAAGCCAGCAACGUGUGUUUGUUGCUGAAGGAAAAAGAAGUAAUUUGCGUUGUUGUACCAAUGUCUGUUUAUUUUGAAAGAGGCUGUAUGUAAACAGUAAAUUUCCUGUGAAAAUGGACGUGUAUUUUGAAAGAAGACGAUGCAUGUAACAGGCAGAACUUGACAUGGUGUCCCAAAACUUCAGCAACCAACACAACCAGGGUACCUUGCACGACGCAUGAGGACGUGGAAAGUCCAUGACCAAGGUCAAUAUGUGACGAGGUCGUAGUGAGAAUGUGUUGGCAAUAGAUGUGUUUCCAUCCACAUCCAUUUUACGCACACUUUUAACAUUUUUCAUGCUAGGGGAAGAUGGAAAAGUUGGUGUAUGAUUAAAGGUAAAUGCAACUAGUGCAUUGGAAACAGAUUCAACU